UUAAUGUAUUAAAUCAUUCAAUACUAUCAAUGCUAUCAAUAGUCAGUCAUCUAAUUAUCAUUACAUCAGAUGAUUGAUUGACUGACUGAUGAAGACAUCUGAUCCCAUCAAUUGAUUGACUAAUUGAUCGGUUGGUUACCACCAAUUGGUGUUGUAUAUUGAAAACCAAACCAGAAAAAAAUGAUUUACAACUUUUACAUCUUCGACGGUAACGGUUUGUGUCGAUUCACUUUGAACGGCGGCGGCGGCGGCGGCAGCGGUAACAGUGGUGGUGACCAACAAUCGGACAACAAUACCGAAGACCAGACUCGAUUGCUAUACGGUUUUCUUUAUUCGUUGAAAUCAUUUGGCCAACGUAUCGGUCCCGUACUGGUCAAAGACAACAAUUUUCUCACUUAUUCAACAAACGCCUACCAACUGAUACUACUGGAAAUGGCCACUUCGGUAAAGUUUGUACUGGUGGUCAGUCCCGAUUCGACCAAAAACAAUGAAUACUAUAAACAAUUGUUGCGCGAUAUGUAUCGUACGGUUUAUGUUGAAUAUUAUGUCAAAAAUGGUAUCAAAUCUUCGUCAUCAGCGUCUUCGUCGUCAUCAGCGGCGACGACGACAUUACCAUCAGUUGAUACUACCAUCGAUUCGCAACUGUUUCGCGACAAAAUUGUCGAGUUUUUUAAUAAACUCUAAGAUCAUCCUCUAAACCACUUAACUGAUCCCAAA